AUGCCUGGUCUUGUCGAGGCGGUUCCUGGCCCUUGGACCCGCCCCCUGCCACUGCUGCUCUACGUUGUGCUGCUGCUGCUGAGAGGCUGGAGCCACGCCGCUCCGUCCGGCCCGGAGUCCGACUCCUGCUCCACUUUAGUCCAGAGCCGCUUUUUUGGCUCCUUCCAGUCGUCGGAAGUGUUCCCCACUGUGCCUUGCUCCUGGACCCUCCAGAACCCCGAUCCUCGACGCUACACCAUCUUCAUCAAGGUAACCAAACCCGUGGAGGACUGCGUCCCGGCGCAGCUGCGCACGUUCCAGUACGACUCCUUCGUGGAGACGACGCGCACCUACCUAAGCAUGCAGAGCUUCGACCAGGUGGUGAGGCUGUGCGACGCCUCCGCCCCGGUGGCCUUCUUGGAGGCUGGCAAGCAGUUCCUCCAGAUGAGGAAGGGCCCUCCUCGGUCGGGCGCGGCGCCAGCGGGCGGCGACGGGGAGUUCAAGACGGAGUACCUGGUGGUGGGGAAGCGUAACCCCAGCAUGGCGGCCUGCCAGAUGCUGUGCCAGUGGCUGGAGGACUGCUUGGCCGCCAGCUCGUCCAGCAGGCCGUGCGGCAUCAUGCAGACGCCGUGUCUGUGCUGGGAGCCGCCGCCACAGCUCAGCGAGGGCGACGGCUGCUACCACAAUGGAGUUUACCUGGAAAACUGUUUGCCCAGCCUGAAAGAGACGGGAAAGCCUGGGCAGAAAGCCGGCGGCUGGAGUGCGUGGGGCCAGUGGGCGCAGUGCAGCAGUGACUGCAGAGGCGGGAUGCAGACCCGGACCCGGACCUGCCAGUCUCCUCCGGAGGACUCGUUCCUCUGCGAGGGCAUCGUGGAGGAGGGGCGGCCCUGCACCUCCGAGUCCUGCUCAGGCCAUGGCCGCCAUCUCUCUCGCAGCCAGUCCCUUCGCUCGGUGGACAGCCGCAAGCGUGAGGACAUAGACAAGCCCCGGCCCGGACCGCAGAGCCCUCAGACAGUAGACUCAGCUUCAGGUGAGGAGUGGUCAGCGUGGAGUAUGUGUUCUGCUACAUGUGGGGAGGGCUGGCAGAGUCGCACUCGUUUCUGUGUGUCCUCCUCCUACAGCACCCAGUGUAGUGGGCCACUGCGAGAGCAGAGACCCUGCAACAACUCUGCUAUUUGUCCAGUGCACGGCGCCUGGGACGAGUGGUCACCCUGGAGCUUGUGUUCGUCCACCUGUGGCCAAGGCCUCAGGUCCCGGGCACGUACGUGCACGCCCCCGCAGUUUGGGGGGAAACCCUGUGACGGCCCUGACGAGCAAACUAAAUUCUGCAACAUAGCAGUGUGUCCAGUGGACGGUGUCUGGAACGAGUGGUCCAGCUGGAGCUCCUGUUCGUCCUCCUGCUCCAACGGGACCAUGCAGAGGACUCGGGAGUGUAACGGCCCCUCGUACGGGGGGUCCGAGUGCAGAGGGGAGUGGCUGGAAACUGUGGACUGCUUCCUGGGAGAAUGUCCGGUGGACGGGAAAUGGCAGCCGUGGUCACUGUGGACGGGCUGCUCUAAGACCUGUGGAGGGGGCAGUCAGCACAGGAACCGGAUCUGUUACGGCCCGUUCUUCGGAGGCGAGCCGUGUCCGGGAGAGCGAGAGGAGGUCCGGCGCUGCAGCGAGAAGCGCUGUCCAGAACCCCACGAAAUCUGCAGUGAGGACAACUUCUCCAACGUGGUCUGGAAGAUGACUCCGGCCGGGGACACGGCGGCGGUGCGCUGCCCUCCCAACGCCAUGGGCCUGAUCCUGCGCCGCUGCACCCUGGACGAGGAGGGCAUCGCCUACUGGGAGAACCCCACCUACAUGAAAUGCAUCUCCAACGACUACCGCAGCAUCCAGACCCUGACUCGGGAACAUCUGUCCAAAGCCCAGCGCGGCCUGGUGGGAGACGGCGUUUCCGAGGUGAUGACCAAGCUGAGGGUGACGUCCAGCGACGGCACCAGCUACAGCGGAGACCUGCUGGCCAUCGUGGACGUGCUGAAGAACAUGACGGAGAUCUUCAGGAGGGCCUACUACAGUCCCAGCAGUGCAGACAUGAGGAACUUCGUGCAGUCGGUCAGCAAUCUGUUGAUGGAGGAGAACCGGGAGAGAUGGGAGGAGGCAAAACUGCUGGGACCUAACAUCAAGGAGCUGUUCCGCCUGGUGGAGGACUUUGUGGACGUCAUCGGCCUGAGGAUGAAGGACUUCCAGGACAUGUACGAAGUGACCGAUAAUCUGGUCCUCAGCAUCCACAAGCGUCCAGUUGUUGGACAUGCAGACAUCAGCUUCCCCAUGAAGGGCUGGAGGGGCAUGGUGGACUGGGCCCGCAGCUCCGAGGACCGCGUCACCAUCCCCAAGAACAUCCUGACCACCGGCAAGCCAGACUCGGACGACUCGUCCACGUUUGUGACCGGCAUCGUCCUGUACCGGAACCUGGGCAGCAUCCUGAGCUUACAGAGAAACGGCACCGUGCUGAACUCCAAAGUCCUGUCGGUGGCCAUCAAACCGUCGCCGGCUUCGCUCUCCGCUCCCGUCGUGGUGGAGUUCUCUCAUCUGUACAACGGAACCAGCAACCAGACCUGCAUUUCCUGGGACGAGAGUGACAGCUCCUCUCUGCUGGGAUCCUGGGCUGCCAGAGGCUGCAGAGCCGUGCUCGUCGACUCCUUCAGAACCAAAUGCGUGUGUGACAGACUGUCCACCUUCGCCAUCUUAGCCCGGCUCAAUCCCGACAUGGUAAGUCCAGCUGAUGUCGUUCCGGAGCCGGGGCUUUGUGAGGAUGCAUCAGCUGCUUUUCUCUCAUUGUCAUUACAUAUCAACAGAUCCUCCCUCCCUCCCCUCCCCCUCCUCCCUGCUCUCCGUCUCCACAUGCCACAGCCAUGCUGCAAAGGUUAUUAUCGGCUCGCCAAGGAAAAGCAUUCUUUGUCCUCCUCUUUUUUCGGCGGUGGUGGCGAGGGUCCAGCCGGGUCCAGCCGGCUCCAGCGGGGUCCAGCCGUGUCCAGCCGGGUCCUGCAGGGUCCUGCAGGGCCCAGCCGGGUCCAGCCGGGUCCAGCCGGGUCCUGCAGGGUCCAGCCGGGUCCAGCCGGGUCCAGCCAGGUCCAGCUGGGUGUGCAGAUGAUGUUCCUGGAGCACAUGAUCGGUUUCUUCCAGCCCUGGCUGCAGAUCCUGGCAGAUGCCUCCGUGUCUGUUGAUGUUGAGAAUGCUGGGAAACGCCUGAGCACCUCCGUCUUUAUGUUGGAGAAAUAUUUACCUGUGUGA